AUGCAAUUUUCAGCCCUCCUCUGGAAAAAUUUUCUUUUAAAGAGGCGGCAGAUAGUUGGUUUAGCUGUGGAAAUCCUAUUCAUAUUUCUGUUCUUUGCAAUGAUUUUGACUUUACGCAGCAAUGCAAAAAAGCAGUUUCGUAAUGCUUCUACUUUUAACCCUCUUCCUGUGGGACUACCCAACUUCCUUGUGAAUACUCCACAAAAGUAUGAAUUGGUAUAUGUGCCUUCUAAGAGUGAAGUGGCAAAAAAUAUUAUUGAGAAGGUGAAAAAGGAUUUAAAUGUCGAUUUUAAAGUUCAAGGCUUUGCUUCAGAAAAAGAGUUUGAGAGUUACAUUAAGCGUGAAAAGUCUGCUCAUGUGCUGGCUGCCGUUGUGUUUGAUCAUGACUUCAAAAAUGAGCAGGAUGGCUUGCCACUUCAGGUAACAUAUCACUUGCGUUUUAGUAAUUACAGUUCUGUCCGUGCUAACCGACAAUCAGAAGGUUGGAAAACAUCUUUUCUUUUUCCAAGAAUACCUACGCUAGGACCCAGGAACCCAAAUAUAAGUGAUGGAGGAGAUCCUUGGUACCUCCAUAGAGGGUUUCUGGUUGUGCAGCGUUCCCUAGAUAAAGCUAUCAUGUCAUAUCAUAAUGACAAAGCUGAAGCAGUGAUGGCUGGAUUACAAAUUUUUGCUAGAAGAUUUCCAUAUCCUGAAUAUUAUCAUGAUGAGCAUAUGUGGAGUUUUAUAGGUUUAUUUCCUUGGAUUAUUUUAUUUGUAUUUUCUCACAAUUUAUUUACCCUCGUCAGGAGCAUUGUGUCGGAAAAGGAAAACAGACUAAAGGAGUACCAGCUCAUGAUAGGACUCAGUAAUGGUAUGCUCUGGGCUUCAUAUUUUGUCACAUACCUCAUCUUAUAUUUAAUCAUCAUCAUUUUACUGUGUGCAGUUCUGUUUUUCAAGAUUGUCCAUGAGAGAAUCCUUCAACACAGUGAUCCAUCAGUAGUUACUGUCUUUUUCCUGUUAUAUGUCAUCAGCUUAAUAUUAUUUGGCUUUAUGAUUAGCACAUUCUUUACUAACGCUUCCUUGGCUGUUGCCAUUACAGGUUUCUUCUAUUUUCUCACUUUCUUUCCACAAGUAAUCGUCAUAGACCAGUAUGCAGUGAUGAGCCUCACUCAGAAGGUGUCUGCCUGCCUUAUUGCAAAUAUUGCAUUAGCUAUUGGCGUUGAUUUGCUGUGCAAGAUGGAAAUGAAGGGGGAUGGACUUCAGUGGAAUAACCUUUCUUCACCAGUGACCCCAGGAGAUACCUUCACUUUGGCCCAUGUUUUCGGAAUGCUUUUAUUUGAUGCUUGUUUGUACGGCCUUGUGGCCUGGUAUGUUGAGGCUGUCUUUCCAGGGGAGUAUGGUGUGCCCAAGCCAUGGUAUUUCUUUGUUCAGAAAGCCUACUGGUUUGGGAAUCCAGUCAAAAAGAUGGAAGAAGAUACUGAACUUUCAAGUUUUGUGGAAAAUGAAUAUUUUGAAGCUGAACCUGUUGGUUUGGUGGCCGGUAUCCAGAUCCACCAUUUACGUAAGGAAUUCAAAUUACAUAACACUACCUUUGUAGCAGUAAAAGACUUGACUUUGAAUUUUUAUGAGGGCCAGAUCUCUGUUCUUCUAGGACCUAAUGGAGCAGGAAAGACUACUACAUUAUCCAUUCUCACAGGUUUCUACCUUCCUACCAGAGGAAAAAUCUAUAUUAGUGGAUAUGACAUCUCAAAAGACAUGGUUCAAGUCAGGAAAAACUUGGGCUUGUGCCCCCAGUAUGACCUAUUGUUUCCAAAUAUGACAGUGUCAGAACAUCUUCUUUUCUACUGUGUGAUAAAAGGAGUACCUCCACAGAGGCGUUCGGCAGAAAUUAACAAAAUGCUGACUUCUUUUGGCCUGCUACACAAACGUGAUGAAUUUUCAAAGUCACUCAGUGGAGGAAUGAAACGCAAACUCUCUAUUAUUAUUGCACUUAUAGGGGGCUCCAAGGUAGUGAUACUUGAUGAGCCAACAUCUGGCAUGGAUCCAGUCUCAAGGAGAAGCACCUGGAAUGUCCUUCAGCAGUUUAAAGAGGAUCGAACCAUCUUACUGACCACUCACCACAUGGAUGAAGCUGAUGUCCUGGGUGACCGCAUUGCCAUCAUGGUCAAAGGGACCCUGCAGUGUUGUGGCUCCUCCAUUUUCCUGAAAAAAAAAUAUGGUGUGGGAUACCACUUAGUCAUAGUGAAACAACUUGGUUGUGAUGUGAAAAGAGUCUCCAACUUGAUUAUUUAUCAUAUACCAACUGCCAGUUUGGAGAACGAUGUUGCAGCUGAAUUAUCAUUUCUGCUACCGAAGGAAUAUACACACAGAUUCGAAGCACUGUUUGCUGAGCUGGAAGAACGUCAGGAAGAGCUGGGCAUUGCUGCCUUUGGUGUCUCUAUGACGACCUUGGAAGAAGUUUUCUUUGCCUCAACAAGGCUAAUGCAACAUGUCGGAGCACAGGUUCAUAUCAUGGUCACAAAAAGUCAAAGUCCAAAGUCCAGAGUCCAAAAUCUCCGUUAUCACUUGGAGAGACGGAUCUCAGAACAGUCACUUACAGGCAGGAGUGGUGGGAUGACUGCAGUCUGGGCAGGCUCGAAGUUCCAAAAUGGACAGCAAGGUGAAUGGUUGGAGAGGUCACUGAUAAGAGGUCCAGUAUGGCUCCUAUGUCAGGUCUGGCAGCAGCUGGGACGUCCAGGCGAGGUUGGCACCAGCAGAGUGGCGAGCAGAGCUUCAGUCAGUGAAGACUCGGGCAGAGUUCCAUGUGCACUGAGCCAUGGUCCCCAAGGGGAUGAAGAGCCAGUUGUGAAGCUUGCCUUUUUAUCCUCCUUCUGGGGUGGGGUCAGUGAUCAGGCAGAGGAAAAUGAGGAUCUCCAAAAUAUCCAGAAGAGAUACAGAAACCAGAAUAUGAAUGCGCCCAGAAAUUUUGAGAGAACACGUCGUGACACCUUGCGCCAAUCCACCAAAACUAUUAAACUUAAUAAGGGGUGUAAACAUUUUCUGCAGCAGUACCAUGCUAUGCUCUUAAAGAGAGCAAUAUUUACUUUGCGCAACUGGAAGUUGAUGUUGCUCCAGUUAGUGGGACUUCUGGGUAGUGUUUAUUUUCUGAUGAGUGGUGUGACCAUUAUGACACAUGAAGAACCUGCCCGGAAAAUGGAUUUGGAACAAUAUGGUGAAACCAUUGUGCCAUAUUCAAUUACUGGAAACUCUCCGUUUGCUCAGGAUUUUUUGAAAGUCCUUGAGGAUAUGCUAAAAGCUAAGAAACAAAAGCUUCAGGAAGUACAAGGUGACCUACAGGAAUACUUGUCAAAAAAUCGACAAUGCACUUAUUCAUGUAUUAUUGGACUUUCCAUUGAGGUUGCUGGAGGUGCCAUUAAAUUGACCUUUUGGUUCAACAAUGAGGCCUACCAUUCACCAUCAUUAUCCCUGGCAGUGUUAGACAAUACUAUUUUUAAGUCGCUUUCUGGCUCUGGUGCUUCCAUUACAGUCUUCAACAAACCUCAGCCUCGUUAUGUCAGUAAUAGCGCUGGUGAUAGAAGAACAUCGGGAAUUCAAAUAGCCCUUAAUUUGUUUUUCGGCAUGAGUAUUUUGAUCAGUGGCUUUUGCCUCCUGACAGUGACUGAGAGAAUCACUAAAGCAAAGCACAUACAGUUUUUGAGUGGUGUCUAUGUCUUUAUUUUCUGGUUUACUUCUCUGAUGUGGGAUAUUGCCAUCCUCUUUUUUGCCUCCUGCUUACUACUGGUGGUGUUCCUACUUGCCGGGCUGGAUUUAUUGAUCAGGGAUUUCCGCUUUCUGGACACAAUGUUCAUCUUUAUGAUGUUCGCCUUGUCUGUUAUUCCCUUCAUAUACCUGACAUGUUUCCUGUUUAGUAGUAGCACCAGUGCCUAUAUCAAGCUCUUCAUGUUCAACCAAUGCAUAGGAUUUUUGGGUGUACUUGUGGAUCUCCUACUAAACAACCUUCAAGGCGUAAACACUACUGUAAAAAACCUCAUACUUAAUACACUCCUGCUGUUACCCAUUUAUAACCUUGGGAUGAGCAUCACCAAAUAUUAUGAUUUCCAAGAAAACACUCAAUUAUGUUCUUCCUCGAACAACAUUCCUAAAAUCAUAAACUGUGAUGAAUAUUUGAUUCCACGUGAUGUGUUUAGUGUGAAUGAAAAUACAAUUGGAAGGUAUAUAAUUGCAAUGGCUGCCACAGGAUUGGCUUACUUCAUCUUGAUUCUCUUUAUGGAUACCUAUGCAUGGAUAUUAAGAACUUUUGUUACUCAAUAUAUUUUCUUUGGUAUCUACAAAAAGCUUAAUAAGGAUACAGUGUCCAGGGAAUUAUCUGGAGAAUCUGAAGAUGAAGAUGUAGAAGAUGAAAGAGACAGAGUUCUGGGGCAGCCUCUGAAAUUUCUGGAUGCCACAGUUAUUAUUAGGGAACUCAUAAAGAUAUAUUUUAAAUUUCCAGCCGUUUUGGCUGUGAGAAAUAUCUCCCUUGCAAUCAAAAAUGAGGAGUGCUUUGGAUUGCUGGGACUGAAUGGAGCUGGGAAAACUACUACCUUCCAGAUUUUGACUGGAGAAGACAGUGCUACCUCUGGGGAUGUGUACAUUGGAGGUUUUAGCAUCACCAAAAAUAACAUAAAGAUAAGGUCAAAAAUUGGCUAUUGUCCACAGUUUGAUGCCUUGCUGGAAUACAUGACUGGUGAAGAAAUAAUGACAAUGUAUGCUAGGUUGUGGGGGGUACCCGAGAGAAGGAUUUCCUAUUAUGUGAGAAAUUUGUUGGAGUUGCUGAACCUGGAAUCCCAUGCUAACAAGUUUAUCUACACCUACAGUGGAGGAAACAAACGUAGGUUGAGUACUGCUAUUGCCAUAAUGGGAAAACCCUCAGUGAUCUUCCUGGAUGAGCCAUCAACUGGCAUGGACCCAGUAGCCCGACGUCUACUCUGGAAUGUAGUGACACAGAUCCGUGAAAGUGGCAAAGCUAUCAUCAUAACCUCCCACAGCAUGGAGGAAUGUGAUGCCCUUUGUACCAGGCUGGCCAUCAUGGUGCGGGGAAAGUUUGUGUGCCUGGGCAGCCCUCAACACCUCAAGAACAAAUUUGGCAAUAUUUACACUGUGAAUGUCAAGUUCAAGGCUGAUACAAAUAAGAAUACAAUAGAUGAUUUUAAAGCAUUUAUUUAUGAUGUUUUCCCAGGUAGUGAAUUGAAGCAAGAGGGCCAAGGAUUCCUUAAUUACUACAUUCCCAGCAAGAGAAACAGCUGGGGAAAGGUGUUUGGUGUGUUGGAGGAAGCUAAAGAGCAAUUCAAUUUAGAAGAUUAUUCCAUCAGUCAGAUAACCCUGGAACAAGUCUUCCUGACCUUUGCUAAUCCAGAUAAAAGAGCAGAGAACCUGAUUAUGAAGCAGCAUAGGGGCAUUGCUAACGGGAUGGAGUCGGCCCGAGGAGCACGUGUUAAAGACCGUGGGGAGCAUGAGAAGCGCACGGGGAUGGAGUCGGGGUAG